CUUUCUAAAGGAAUUAAUGUGUCUCUGCGGUGAUACUUCUCAAGCUCUAAAUUUGCAUCAUCAGUCCCACAAGUUGUUCCUUCAAACAGUGUGGAAAGGAUUUACGCAGCCACAUUACUGAAGAGGAUUCUAUGACUUGCUACAUCCACAAUUUAACUGCGUGUCAGAGAUGCCCCCUUCCAUAAUGUGGUGCAUUAGGUGGGCUGUCUACUUGUCCUUUAUUCUCGCACUGAUCCCCAGGUCCAGAGGAUCGACGCUGAAUUGUCACAAAAUGUGCAUAUGCGCCAGCAACAUCGUCAGCUGCUCCAAGAUGAACUUGACGAUGGUUCCGUCCGAGCUGCCCAAAUACACAUCUGUGCUUGACAUUAGCUUUAACGAGAUAACCGGACUACGCGCACAGUGGACCAGGCACAAACUUCCCAACCUUCACAACCUCUUGCUCAGCCACAAUGGUUUGUCGUUCAUCUCUUCUGACGCGUUCAUUUUCGUACAGGAAUUGCGCUACUUGGAUCUGUCAUCGAAUAAACUGCGACAGCUAGACGAGUUCAUUUUCGAGCCGCUGACACAUCUGGAGGUUCUGCUGCUCUACAACAACCAGAUCUCGCAGAUCGACCGCACAGCCUUCUCAGGCCUCAACAGCCUGCAGAAGCUGUACCUGAGCCAGAACCAGGUGUCCCGCUUCCCCCUGGAGCUCGUCAAGGACAAGAGCCGUCUGGACAAGCUGAGCCUGUUGGACUUGUCUUCCAAUCGGAUCAAAGUUCUCCCCAUACAAGACCUCCAGCCGCUGCCGGCCUGGAUCAAGAACGGGCUGUAUUUCCACAACAACACCCUCAUCUGCGACUGUGAGCUGUACAGUUUGAUGGCUCAUUGGUAUAUCCGACGGCUCAAUUCAGCUGUGGACUUCAAGGACGAACACACCUGUGUGCACCCCAGCCCAGAUAAACGGGUGCUGCGUUUAUACGAUCUCAACACUCAUAUGAACUGCAGUACAUUUAAAGAAACCGACCAAGAGGCUUAUUUGGAGCAGACGCUCACCCUCAGCUGUGAUACCAAACAGCGAAAUAUGACCAAGACCUGGAUGCUGCCUGGAAACAUAAUCGUUCCUUCUGACAGGAACCAGAGCGAUACAAGUAAUGCCAAGUUUGUGAGUAAUGGCACCCUUGAGAUAAAAUCGAUACUACCUGAGGACUCAGGUGUGUACACUUGCUUCGCUGUGAGUGAGUACUUCAACGAAACGCUCUAUGUGGUGGUCAGAGUCCACAACUACACCAUCAACGGCAACAGCGAGACGCUCAACACUGCGUACACCACUCUGGUGGGCUGCUUGGCCAGCGUGGUCCUGGUACUCAUCUAUCUGUACCUGACACCCUGUCGCUGCUUCUGCUGUCCAGACCAGGGCAAAAAGAACCAGCAUGAAGACAGCAUCCACUCCUCCAUGCUCAGUGCCACCCCGACGCACGAGGAUAUGGCAACCAAAGCAGAGCUCAACAGGCACGUGGCCUUCAUAGACUCCAAGGACCUGCAGGGACAGAACGGAAAGGUGAAUCCUAACGGAGACGAAGAAGUGGAUGAGGAGGCCAUGCAGGGAAAAGGAAAGCGGAAGAAAUCGGUGGCAGACUCUAUUAGUUCGGUCUUUUCUGAUACUCCCAUUGUAGUCUGAGGGAGGAUGUGUCCUUUUGGCUAGAGACAGUUCU